CACUGUGGAAGAAGGGAGAGAAUGAUUGGGCCUUUUGCGAGAAAGGGCAGCUCUAAAGUUGUGUGAAAUGCAAGCCCACUGCUCAUUUUGCUCUGCGAGUAACCAUUUUCUUUUGGCAUCUUCCACUUCCACCGAAUAGUUGUGGGAUUGAAGACCAGAGCUGAGUUUGGCGACGCAUUGAGUUGGUCAAGGUAAAUCCUCGAAAGCGCAGAACUGCAAAUAUGAAUCGGAAAGGAGAAUUUAUGGGCCAUCUUGGGAUGGUGGGCUUCGCCCGCGUGCUACGUGGGCUAGUAGCCUAACGCUGCCAUCCAACGAUGCUUCAAAUGGACGGCCACUCACUCCUCUUCAACCCUCAACUCAACCGAUCAAGCGAGAGAUAAUGGAAGCUCUGAUAGCCUCAUAUGGAGACGCAUCAUCGGAUUCGGACUCGGAUACUGCUAUUGCCACAAGAGCAACCGCCGAAUCUGUCCCAAUUCCAAGUACUCAAGCGGAUGUGGUAGUUUUGCCACCUCCUCCUGUAUCACUUCUCACCCCUCCCAAUUCUACCGGUCUCAUGGAUUACUUGCAAGCUGGCCAGCCAAAUCGAGCGAGGAGCUUUCCCCAUGUUGAAGGCAACUAUGCUUUGCACGUUUAUAUCCCAGUUUAUAUGCCGCCUAUGUCAAACAAGGAAGUGGUUCACUUUUUGAAGAGGGUAUCAUCUCUUGUGCCCAGUCUUCAUGUUGUGGAUGCUGAUGUUCCACUUGACAUCUUGUGCGAAGAUGAUCACAAGCUUGAACAAGUUGCAUUAGGAAGAGAGUUCCACAUUAGCUUAGGAAGAACUGUCCCUAUCCGAGUUCAUCAGAUUGAUUCAGUGAUUAUGAUGCUUCGCCAGAGGCUUCAGUUUCAGAAACGAUAUUGGAUUGAUUUUAGUAAGUGGGAGGUUUUUGUCAAUGAUGAUAAAACUCGAACUUUCCUUUCAAUGGAAGUUGUUACAGGAGGAUUAGCCGAGAUUUCAAAACAAAUUCAAUCCGUUAAUGAGGUUUAUAAGCUCCACAAUCUUCCUGAAUUUUACAAGGAUCCACGCCCUCAUAUAUCCUUGGCUUGGGCGUUGGGGGACAUCAAUGAUUCCUUAAAGAGAGCAGUUGAAGAAGAAACAAAGAGGUCAGGCAUUGGGGGUUCAGUACAUAAACUUAUAUUUUCCUGUAAAUUCGGUGGCAUUGAGUGUAAGAUUGGUAAUAAAACAUACAAAAUUUGUAAAUUUCAUGAUGAAUAAUAAAACCUUUAAAAACAUUCAGAUUUCUAUAUGAGUUGCAUCUCCAUACUCCAUUAGAGGCAUUUUCAUUUGUCGAUGAUUUUUCUAAUUUGAGUUCUGUUACAAGCGUGUAUCAAGAUUCAGACAUCAGUUGUUUGUUUGUAAUUCUUUAUAAGAUGGGUGAUCAAUGAAGAAAGCAUUUGAUAAUCUA